ACAACAAAAGGAGGAGGAAGUGGCGGGUCGGGAGGUGGCGCUUCCCGAUUUCUUGGCAGGCAUGCGCUUCAUGUGCGCAUGCGCCCUUAGAUGACAACAAAAGGACGGUGGUGGUUGGGAGCGGGAGGGUCGCUUCUUUCUCUUCUUUGUUACCUGAUGGCUGCUGCGUUGUUGGUGACCCUGUACGAGUAUUCCCCGCUGUUCUACAUCGCCUUGGUGUUCGUUUGCUUCUUGGUAACCAGCGGUCUCAUAAUGGGCUGGUUUGGAUGGGAUGUUCCUGUAAUUCUGAGGAAUUCAGAAGAAACUGAAUCAAUUGUGAAAGUGUCUCAGAAAAAGAUGCGGCAAGUGAAAAAUCCAUUCAGUUUAGAAAUCAAAAACCCAGAAACUGCUUCAGCUUUAAAUGGCAUUACCCUGGUGUCUAAUUGCCUGGAAGACUCUCUCCUUUCAUGCUAUUGGGGCUGCAGCGUGCAAAAGGUCCAUGAUGCUCUGCAGAAGCAUGCCUACAGCAUUCGAAUAAAAACUCCCCAGUCUUUUGAGGAUGCAAUGUGUCAUGAGUAUCUGUAUUGUCAACAGUAUUGUAUAAAGAAGACAGAAGAACAGGAAAAGCAUAGCCGGUUACCAGAAGAGGCAGACACCAAUGAUUUUGGUCUAGUGCCUAGAUCUCAGUACCCAUUAGUGGUACUGUUAACCCUUGCUGACGAAGACAACAGAGAAAUCUAUGACAUUAUUUCAAUGGUAUCAAUAAUACAUAUUCCAGAUGCCAGUUACAGGCUUUCCUGCCGGAUACUGUAUCAAUAUCUCCUUUUGGCCCAAGGUCAAUUUCAUGAUCUAAAGCAAUUGUUCAUGUCUGCCAGCAACAAUGCAUCCUCUCUAAGUGACUCUUUCUCCAAUGAAAGGACUGAAGACCACGUCCUGCUUGAAAAGGCUGGCCUGGUGGAGACUGAGUCAGAAGUGCUGGAAGAGAGCAGCAAGGACUGCAUCGUCUGCCAAAACCGAGCUGUCAAUUGGGUGCUUCUUCCUUGCCGACACACCUGCCUAUGCGAUGAGUGCGUGAAGUAUUUCCAACAAUGCCCUAUGUGCCGGCAGUUUGUGAGAGAAUCAUUUCCAUUAUGCAGCUAGAGAAAGUGACCCUUGCAAAAGAGGAUCCUGUGUAUUAUACUUAUUCAGGAGCUCUGUGGCAAAGAAUUGAUAAACCUUUCAGCUGUUGGUUUUGCAACAGCAUCUUUGAUCUCACAUUUCCUUCUACUUGAAUGAUGUUUGGUGCCUGGAAAACCUCUGAAGCAGCAUUGUUAUUUUCCUUAACCAGGCACUUGGAAGCAUCACUGUGAAGGCCAAUGACAUAGGAACCUCAAUUUAAUCUUCAGGAAUAGGACAAAGGGGGAAGAACUUUAGGCAACAGAAGCAAUGCACUGAACAAUGAAGGACAUAAUUAGGGGGGAAGCGGGGGGACGGACGGACAACUUUUUAAGUAUUUCCAGAACAUAUUAUUUCUAGCUAUAUUCCAACAAACACGGAGCAUAUGGAGAACAAAUAUCCUCAUAUGUAAGAAGCAUUGGCAAUCUUUAUUUAUUUAUAAAGGUAUUAGAGUAAAUAUCACAUAGCUUGGCUUUCAGCCAUUAGCAAUGUUGCACUUUUUAAGUUAUAGUAGAGAGCAGGGAAAGGAAAUGCCUAACAAUUCACUACAUAGGUUUAAAUGUCUUUUGGUUAUGCCAGCCUUUGUCAGUUUCAUGAUCUUGAAAUGACACAGGCUGGAAGUUCAAGAGUCCUGACAUAUCUGAAAUUGCCAAGUUGGGAGUGGCUGGUAUAUUCAGUUUUCUUGGGCUUGCUGGAUCUAAGUGUUUACCUUCAUCUGCAGAUGCACGUAUGGCAUUGGGUGUGAAUUGUCACUCCCAGCAAAAGGAUGUCUACAAGAUACAUAUUCAAGCAAAUAUUCAUUGAACCGCAAAUCAGUUUCCACUUGUCUUGUUCUUGGACGCUAAAAAUUCAUUUGCCUCAGGCAAUUUUAGACAUGACAUGACAUUGGUGAUGUCAUGAAAAGCUGAUAUGGUCCAAACUCAGUAUGAAGUAAAUGAUUCUGUAGACAAGGGAGAGUUCAUUUGAAGACUCUUAUGCCUUCAAGUGGAAGUAUUUUGUGUAGACCUUGCCUCCUGUCCAAGAUGUCACUUUUUGUCAGCAUUUGGACAUCUCACUCUUUGACUUAUCCAAAUUCCAAAUACAAUUUUAGCCCCUGUAGCAAUUGUAUGGUUUAGUUGAAAUAAGAUGAUGUCUGCAUUCAUGCAUACAUCAUGCAUAGCCAUAAUUGUUUGUUUUUGGUUGAGAAUCUAGCCAAUUCUGGUUUAUUAAAACAAAACAUGGGUUACAAUAUUUCGCUUUAAUGUGUGAAUCUAAACAAUGACUUACGAUUCCUACCUCACCCUUUAGGCUCAUGUUAGUAACAUGGAACACUAAGCCCUGUUGAAUGAGAUAAGCUAGGCAGCCAAUACUUUUUACAAAUAAAUAAACAUACAACCACUAGCUUCUCUAUGUUCAGAGUAUCAAGAGUGAAUAUGGAAAAAAGUUUACUUUCCACCUGUUUUCUUUUUCAUCUAUAAAACCUACAUAAUCCAGCCAUUGUGGAUUCACACAGCUUGGUGUGAUGUGCCAAACUAUCAAGUUGUUGCUUAUUCAAGCAGCAGUAGCUUAAUGUAAUGGUUAGUAAUCAGUGGUAGCCAUCACUUCAGGGGCCAGAUGUUAUCACCAUCUUAAAUUAUGGCACAGCCCACCCACCCCCACCCCAUACAUUAUAUGGUUGAAUAUAGACAUGGAAUCUUAGAAGAUUCUUGUUAUCUCAUUCAGAAGAAUUUGUGAGUUUAUUGCAUUCUCACCUAACAUUUCAAAAUAUAUCGAUUUUUUAAAAAAUGUUGGGAUACCUCUGCUGAUCUGUAGCUGAGCGCAAUGGGAUUACCUCUCUUUCAAUUCAUUCCAAAGUCUCAGUGAGCAAAUACAUAUUUGUUACGAAUUUUUUAACAUAUCUCUAAGAAACAUAAAGUAGAAUGAAGAAAGGUAAAGAAAGGGGAUGAGGGAGGAAAGAAAAGAUGAAGAUGCCAGUUCUUUAGCAUGUGCACCAAAUCUGAAAUAAACACAAGUAAACCAGAC